AAACCAGGCCGUGUCAUCAGAUGUGUAUCACUGCGUGGCACUACGACAUAAUUGAGAUCAUAAAAUAUCGCAAAAAAAUAUUGGCUCCAGGCAACGAAAUGGAAUAAUUUCAUCAGAAUGCGCGACAAGUAUGCAGAUAUUGAUGCAGUCAGUGCGAUACAGAAUUGGCACAAGAAAACAAUGAUCCAAGCAUGAAGAUAAGAAAACGGGUUAUGGAAAUUUCUGAAUGAAAUGGUAGAUAAUUGUCUGUGUUCUGAAUAUUGUUUACAGUUGCAUUUGUACUUCUGAAGAAACAUCACAAGAUCCAGUCGCGUGAAUAAGCUAUGGAAAACCGAUUAGUGAAGAUUGAAAGUGAAAAAUGGUCGAGUUUGAAGUCACUUUAUGCCGAGACACCAGAAACGAUCCUCGGUUUAACCACCAUUAGCAAUUACAUUCGAUGGAUGCAAAAAGAUGGAUUAAUUGAUAACUUGGCGAUAUAUUCGUUGAACGGAGAUUGGUCGGAUGGAACGUUUGCUGUUGUGGACAGAUAUCACGUCUAUUUCGACUGUUUGAGUGGUUCCAAAGAAAAGCUAACGAAACUAUUGGAAUUACUGGAUUUUUCGAGUGGAUUCAGGAUCAUGCAUGUUCGUUCAAAACAUUAUCCCAUCAUGUUGGAAACCAUACGACGGAAACAGCUGCAACUUGAGUAUGACGACCCAAAUCUAUUGUAUUAUUUGCCAAAAGAAAAAGCAAUGGCGCUCAACACACAGCUACCUGAAGGUUUCUAUAGUCGUUCGCUCACCGACACAGACGUGGAGAUCGCAAAUGCACAAUGGCCAUUCAAUCAUUCUGGUUCGCUUUUUUACCUGCAGCGAUUGGCUCGAUUAAAUUCAAGUUGCGGCAUUUUUACUCAAGAUGGACAUGAUUUAGUUUCUUCUGGCUUUCAAUUUCAAACUGGACCAAUCGGAACGUUGUACACACAACCCGCAUAUCGAAUGCGUGGUCUCGGGUCGUCCGUGGUAAAAACUAUUUUCAAACAAAUUGGCGAACAAGGCACGGGAGUAACUGCAACUGUAAAAAGAGCAAAUGCAGCUUCGCGAUCAAUUUUCGAGAAAAUUGGAUGCCAAGUCAUCGAUGAGAUACAUUGGAUCGCAACCCCGUGCGAUUGGACAGAGGAAACAGGAGGCAAGGAAAUAUAAGUCAUUGUACGGAACCAUAUCGUUCUUUCAACUUUGCGGAAUUGAGAUUAUUUCUCUUUUUUUUGACGACGAUAAAUUUGAUGAAUAAAAGAAACAAAACCAUAACAGAGUUAAGAUCCAAAUUUAUACAAUCAAAUGAAGCAUUCAGUUUUUUUCCAGUUUUGACUGAAGAUAAAAAAGAAUAAAAAAUAAAAAAUAAACAUUUUAUAUAUAAAUACUGUGGUUGAACACACCCAACACAGAUUUCGGCAGUCAAAUACGUAGUAUAUAUUUUCAAUGUCAACUGAUAGCAUUUAUUUUGUCAACACGUUCACACAAUGGUUAACCGAUUGAUGAAAAACUGAAUGUAAGAAUUGAAAGUUGAAUUAAACUUAAGAGAACAGUUUGUGCCUGAGUAAUCCGAAA